CAGAAAGCCCUGCGAUCACUCGUCCAUGACGAUGGUUUUAGUAUAAAACUCGAUCAAAUGCCAGCUCUGCCGACCGUAAUGCCGCUAUGGAUACGUUAUUCAUCGGUUGUGUGAGGCGAGUUGUGCUCCUCUGUCACCAGUUUCUGCAGUGUUUGAUCAAAUGGUGCCAUCUGACGUACUGGGCACCGGUAGUUCGCAAACACCCGCCAGAUGUAAUGAAGCCUGGCAGGUGGGGAAAGCAUCGGUACCUAGAAGUGCACAAAUUACAAAUACACUACAUCGAAAGUGGUUCCAACAGUAAACCGUUGAUGCUAUUUCUGCAUGGCAUUCCGGAUUUCUGGUACACCUGGCGUCAUCAGAUUAAGGAGUUUUCCGAAGACUACUGGACGGUGGCGAUAGAUUUGCCUGGUUGUGGGCAGUCCGAUGAACCGCACUACGAUCUCACGUAUAAACUGAAUAAUCUGGCGAGUCUCGUCUGUGGAUUGAUUGACGGUCUUGGCAAGAAGGAUUGCAUUCUCGUCGGACAUGGCAGUGGAGCGCUCGUCGGAUGGCACCUCCUCAACCAGUACCCGCAACGCGUCUCCAAAUACAUUAUGAUGAGUCUUCCUUCGAUGGGCGUACUGCAGGAGCUCCACCAGCGUGGCGAGAUACCGCUAAAGGUUCAAGCUGAGGCACUGUUCCUGUGUCUUCCACGGUUACCGACACUAUUCGCUCGCUCCGGUGAUUUCCAGCUGGUAGAUCGUAUGUUCGCACACUCUGCCAAACCGGCGGAUCUGGAAGCGUAUAAAUAUACCUUCUCGCAACCCGGAGCACUGGAGAGGUUCCAGAAAGCGUAUAGAGAAAAUUUUAGUGAUUUCCUGGUGGAGGAAUAUGAUUUCAAGGAGCGUAAACCUUCGCAAACCCCCGGCCUAUUUUUUGUAGGUGACGAGGAUCGCUGGAUAUCGCCGGAAGAUUGUAGCUCUCUGCUGAUCGAACACUAUCAACCGCUGGAGGUACGCUAUGUGCCACGAACCGGCCGUUUCUUACAGCAAGAGGAUCCAAAAACAGUGAAUCGAUUGAUGCGGAUGUUCCUCAACCAUAAGCUCGAUCAACCGAUGAUCAGGCUAGAGGUGCCGCCGGUCAUGAAGAUCAUCCAGAAGGAGGUUUGUGAAAACUGCCACGGGAAACCACACGGUACGGCGGAGCAGCACGAAAACUGUUCCCGUCACUGCGAUGGCGAGGCACAUCGGCAUUUGCUGUCGAAAGUUAGAAUCCCAAUCUGCUCAUGAGUCCGGUCGCACGGCCGAAAACACGAACACGUUUAGUGAAAAUCCUAUUUAAGGUGCUUUAUUACCAGGUGACCAGGUUUCACUUUGUCACUUUGCGAAGUGCAAUAAAACUCAGAUCUAAAGAACCACUGCAAACUAUAUGCAACUAACACACAAUCGUUGGUCUCACGCAAAUCGGGUUUCACUGGCUUCACACUGCAUGUACUUUCAAGCCCGGUUCAAUAACUAAACGAACAGCUACAGCCGCAC